AUGAAGUGCAAGGGGAAGCGGUCCACUCCGGUCUCUAAUCCAGGAUAUUUAAAUGGAUUUAACUGCCUCGGUGGUGUAGUGGCUAGCAUGUACGGCUGCACACCCGGAGGUCCUGGGUUCGAGUCCCGGGUCGGGCCAAGCUUAGUUAUUGAGUCUUUCUGUAUAGUAAGUCUCAGUAACAGCCCGGAGUUGGAUUUCUUACAAACAAUGAUAAAGAUAUUUUAUUGGUCACGUUGGGUCGGAAUAGUGGGUCUGGAGUCAUUUGUAUGGAAAAUAUGGGCUUCUCUGUUGUUAUCCUUGCUUUUAGCUAUAGAAGGGGAAGCAAUUUGGAAAGUAGUAACAGCAUUAGCUGGUUGGGCUAUUGAUAUGGCAGGACAUAGAAGUGUAACAGCCAGAUUUGCCGGCUCACUAUUCUAUGCAUCGUCAAUCUUAGGUUUGAUACAAUGUUGGAGGCUAUCUAGCUCUUGGGAAGAUAUAUCAAAAUACUGGGCGUCAGUGGAAUGGAUAGUGAACAUAAAAUGUAUGCUUCCAGAUAGAACAUUAAAGAAACGAAUGUAUAGAGUCGUAAUUUUUGUUGCAAUUUGUAGUAUAUUUGAACAUGUAAUGGACAUGGUGGGCUCAUUUGACUUUCAAUGUUCUGGGCCUUUGUGUUUACGGAAAUAUAUAUUGAAGUCGCAUGGGUUUUUGCUUUUAGAAUUCGAAUACUCACACUGGAUAGGAGUCCCUCUCCUUUUUAUGAGUAUAAUAGCAACUAUAAUAUGGAAUUUGCAAGACUUGAUAAUAAUUCUGAUAAGUAUGGGACUGACAUCGAGAUAUAAGAGAUUAAACCGAUGUGUAGAAAUUGUAGCCGCUAAAAAUAAUAGGGAACAAAAUUCUAAUACGGAUAUGGAGUUCUUAAAAGUCAACACAUGGCGUAAAAUACGAGAGGCAUAUGUAAAACAGGCGAUGUUGGUACGACGAAUUGACAAUUCUUUAAGCGGCAUCGUUCUAAUAUCUACAUUUUUUAACUUUUAUUUCAUUUGCUUACAACUUUUUCUAGGGAUAACAAUAGGCUUUUCAGGAGUUCCACUAAAACAAAUAUAUUAUAUAGUAUCGCUAGUAUGGAUAUGUAUUCGAACUGGUUGCACAGUGCUCGCAGCCGCUGAUGUCAAUAAGCACUCUAAGUUAGCACUACCUUAUUUAUACGAAUGUCAAGGGCAGUUUUAUAAUAUAGAGAUGGAAAGGCUACAAAAGCAGUUGAGCAAGGAUUACGUUGCGUUAACUGGGAUGGGCUUUUUCAGUUUAAAUCGUAAUGUCAUAUUACAGAUGGCAGCGAGCGUGAUGACUUACGUUUUAGUACUAGUCCAGUACGACGAUACCGACUCAAGUUCUUCAAACGUAACAAAAACAAAU